AUGGAAGAGGAUGUAAAUCCAAAUAUAGUUCCAUUUUCUUAUUAUGAAGUCAAGGAGAUGUCGGGAGUGAAUGCCAAGGUGUUUGAUGAGUUUCAAGAAAAGGGUGCUGCAGUGAUGUUUAAUGAAGACAAACCACAAAUUUUCAAAGACGCCCACUAUGAUAACGUUUUCUAUGAAACAAAAAAUAUAAGUGCACCUUCAAUUUUAAUAGGAAAGCUUGUACUCAAAGAGGAGGCUCACAGGGUACCAGGAACUCAAAAACAGUUGCCUGCUCAGAAUUGGGCUUCACCAACAUUUCCAUCAGGGGCAAAGAAGAGACAAAGGCAUUUGGGUUUGUUUCAUUGUCGAUCUUAUGAGGUCAAUGGAGACCUUGAGUUUCAUGAUUCAACUUGGCUACAAAAAAGAAGAAACAUACAAUAUCAGGAAAAGAAAGGGGUUAUUUCUAUCAUGUUAGGGAAGAAUAGUUCACAAAGAAGAUCUAAUAAGAGAGUAGUAUACCAGGGUCAACCAUACUGUAUAGGAAAAAAGGCAAGAAUAUGGAAGAUUAUUGAUCCAAUGUAUCAUGAUUUUGGGAAAACUUUCAACAGUAAAGAUGAAGAGAAGAUGUGGAGGAAGGCCAUGCUUAUAGCGUCUGAUAGAAAUGAUUCUGGUUUGGUGGCUGGCCCUUCACAGCCCCCAGUUGCUGGUAAUGAAGUCUCAGACUUGGGUUCGGGUGCUUCUUAUAUGCAGAAAGUGGCCACUUGUCAAGAUCAAGCUCAUGUUCAAUUCCUUUAUUGGUCACAACGAAUGAAAGAAGGUUGGGUUGCUAAAGGUGAUUGUCCGUCAAAGAUUCUUUACUCAAGAGUUAAAAAAAGGAGAUGUGGUUUGACGAAUAUGACGGGAGAAUUAAAACAGGGCCAGGAGGAGAUUGAAAGCAUAGUAGUGUCAAAUCUAAAAGAGGUUUUUUUAUCUGAUAACCUACCUUUACCAUCCCAGGAUAUUGACCAGGUUCUUCGAGAAAUAGAUUUACCUCAACUUAGCUAUGCUGAAAGCACGAAUUUAGUGCGGCCUUUUACAUCUCAGGAAAUUCGAGCGGCAAUGUUCACAAUGCCCACAGAUAAAUCUUCUGGGCCUGAUGGUGUUUCUGUAGAAUUUUUUAAACACAACUGGGAGAGGGUGGGUUCCUCGGUUGUAGACAUCAUUCAACAUUUCAUAUCUACGGGAUUCAUGCUGAAAGAAUGGAAUAGAACAUUACUUGUAAUGAUUCCUAAAAUUUCUUCUCCUGAAGAGUUUAGUCACCUGAGGCCAAUAAGUUUGUGCAACACAAUCCACAAGUGUGCCUCCAAGUGUUUGGCAAAUCGCUUAAAGAUGGUCCUUCCAUCUUUUAUUCAAGAUGAACAACAUGCUUUUAUUCCUGGAAGGUACAUGUCGGAUAACAUUCUCUUAAGUCAUGAGUUGUUGUCCUUUAUUAAUAGCAGGACUAGAACAGGACUAAAUUUGGUUGUGGUCAAGAUUGAUAUGAGCAAAGCUUAUGACCGCGUUCACUGGGGAUUUUUGUUAAAGGUUUUACAAGCUUACGGGUUUCCGCCACACUGGUUACACUUGAUUCAGCAAUGCAUUUCUACAACUUCUUUUAAAGUUUUACUGAAUAGAAAAACUACUUCGUCUUUUCGGCCAAACUGUGGUCUCAGGCAGGGUGACCCUUUAUCCCCAUAUUUGUUUCUGUUUUGUAUGGACAUUUUAGGGAGAAUGCUUACUUUAGGAAGGGACAUUAAACAAUUCCAGGGUAUUACUCCAGUUCGGCGAGGACCUUGUCUUUCACAUUUAUUCUUUGCUGAUGAUGCAAUGAUUUUCUUUAAAGCCACCACAGAGGGGUGUGUCAACAUAAAAGGUAUUAUGAGCCGUUUCUGUGCUAUUUCUGGACAACAACUUAAUUUGCAGAAAUCCUAUAUAAAGUUCAUCCCAAAUACAACGAUCGAGAAUCAACAAUCGCUGAGGGAUAUUCUUCGUAUGCAACAAGUAACUCAAUUUCAGGUACAUCUAGGGGUUCCGAUAGAUAUUGUGGGGAAAAAGUCUACACGUUUUCAUUUUCUUAUUGAUAAAGUAGCCGCCCUUCUCAUAUCCUGGAAUAUGAUCUCUCUAUCUCAACAACAAAAACUUAUUUUGAUUAAUUCGGUGGUUAUUUCUACAAUCCCUCACAUUCUGAACUGCUUGGAAAUCCCAAUUGUUAUAGCAAACAAGAUAGAUUCAAUGGUUGCUGCUUUCUUUUGGGAGAAGCAAGGAACCAAAGGAAUGCACUGGCCUGGAGAAUUCAUCAUAACCCCCAAUUAUUAUUGUCCAAAAGUGUACCAUGCUAAAGGAAGGUCAUCUUUAUCUACUGGAGCACAAAGUUCAGUUAGAGGCCACAUUUCCUGGGGGUUCAGAGAAAUAAGAAAAGCCGAGAAUCUUCUACUGCGUGGGUGUUGUUGGAAAACAGGGACGGGAACAAAGGUAGUGGCAGGAAGAGAUAAAUGGGUAGAUGGUCGGGUGCGAGUGUUCUCUUCUGAUGUUCAUCUUGAUGAGGCUAGAUCUUGGAAAGUGUGUGAUUUUAUACUCCAAGGGCCAAUGCGUUGGAAUGCUGAAAAGCUAAGACAUAGUUUUGAGUGGAAAGAUGGCCAAGAUAUUUUAUCAAUGGAGUUGCCAGAUGAAGAUGAUGAUGAUCAUCUUCAGUGGUCCGGGCAAAAAUCCGGGCAAUUUACAGUUAAGUCAGGAUACGCUUUCAUAUGUGGUUUGGAGGAUGUUGAGCUUCCUCGUGAUACCAGUGACCUUGCAAAGGAAUUUUUUAAAACUUUAUGGUCUCUUAACAUUCCUCCUAAGUGGAAACUCUUCUUAUGA